AUGCUCGCAUGGCUCCGAUGGCUCCCAUGGCUCCCCGUUUGGGCCGAGCCGGAGGAGUUGUGGGAGUUGCGCGCGAAGCUCAUCAAACCCAGUGCGCAUAAAGCACCUCGAUACGUCAGCUUUCUCCCGGGACAUUGGCUCCUGCUCCUGCGCGAGUCGCGCUUUGAUUAUUGCUACUGGACCAAUGUCUUCAGCGUCACGGAGGCCAACUUGCUGGAAAAGGGCUUCAGCAUCAAGUCAUUGCACGAAGUGAGUAAGUGUGGACCAUCAAUUGAGCAUGGCUGUAGCUUCUUCGACGCGGAGGUCAUCCGAAAAGAUCCUGCGUCUGCCUCCCUCUUCAAUAGCAAGGCUCCUGAUGGCUACCUGGGAUCUUUGAUUGGACACUAUUGGGUGGGGCAAGGCUCUUGCUCCGAGUUCCUUGACAAGGAUCCUUUCAUGCAAGUGCCAAGCCCCUUACGGGUUUUACAUCCUCCUGGCUUGUGGGGGAGAUGGUUGAGAAGGUCUUUGCAGGAAGUGGGAUUGGAAGCCGAUUCUCUCUCAGAUCGGUCUCUGAUAGACACUGCUUUGGAAGCCAUGCCUGAAAUAUGCACUGACAGUGUCACGGAUGUGUGGGAUAGCCAGUGGCCAGAUGGCACCACUCCAAAAUCGAUGUUGGUGAUUGGUUGUAGCACGAUGGCAGGAGAGCCAACGCAGCCUUUGAUAGACAAGGGUGCUGGUGGCUUGUUCCUUGACAUGGAUCGCCGUGCAAUCCGGGUGGCUCGUGCGCAGAGCUCCGCACCAAAUCGCCUCAUCAUGAACAUCACAGUUGCACCCCACACCGUGGGAAGUCUAUUGAAGGAGUACAAAGCCUUCGUUGAAGACUUGGAGGUCUUACAAGUGGACAUUGAUAGCUUUGAUGGACCGAUGGUCCAGGCUUUGUUGAAGCUCACUCAGCCCAAAGCAGUGGUGGUGGAGAUUCGUGACUUCGUGCCCUUUCCAUUCCGCUAUGCUUGCCUGGACAGCGACACCAAGUCUCUACCAUGGGGAGGUGCCAACUUCGCCUUUUGGCAGCACCUGCUGGCGCAGCACGGGCUCUACCUGGUGCGGAUGGAUCAUCGAGACGCGGUCUUCGCUCGGAGGAAGGCCCCAGACCGUCGGAAGUUCUUGGGAAUCAUGGCCUGCUACUUGAGGCAGUAUUUGCUGAAGCCAAAUCCACUGCAGAUGGUGGGGCCUCAUACACUUGAUCAGAAUACCAUCUUCCGCCAACACUGGAUCUCUUCAGAGCCGACCACCGUGAUUGAUGAGAUAUGGCAGAACUUAACAACAACCAGGAAUGACAUUCGCUUCUUCCUGGACGUCUGA